AUGACGGCUACUCCGGAAAAGGCCCAGGCGCCGCACAAGCUCUUUGACUUGAACGUCCUCGCCGAGCUUCUUCCAUGCACCACCAAGCUCGCCGAUCUCGACUUCAAGCCCAAGGGAAUUGUGCUCAGCGGCGGUUCGUUAGAUCUAAACCACCCUCGGCUUACACCUAUCGGACCCUUCUCCGUCUAUGAAGAUGGCGCUCCCCACGCUGAUCCCGCCUUCUUCGACCUCCCCGACACUCCCAUUCUUGGCGUGUGCUAUGGUCUCCAGGAGAUUGCUUGGAGGUUGGCCUCGGACAACGUGAUCGCCGGAACCGAGCGCGAGUACGGUUAUGCGGACCUCACUCCCGACCGACACGGCAGCCACGUCGACCGCCUGUUCGAGGGCAUCGACGGCAGCAUUCAAGUGCCAGCUCCCCGCGGACUUCGUCACCAUCGCCACGACCCGCAACUCCCCUACGCCGCCAUCGCCCACAAGGACAAGCCCAUCUUCGGCAUCCAGGCCCAUCCCGAGGUCAGCCACACGCCCCGCGGCAUCGAGCUCCUCAAGAACUUUGCCGUCAACAUCUGCGGCGCCAGGCAGCACUGGUCCAUGAGCAGCUUCUGCGAGCAGGAGAUCCUCCGCAUCCGCAACCUCGUCGGCCCCAACGCCCAGGUCAUCGGUGCCGUUUCCGGUGGUGUCGACUCUACCGUUGCCGCCAAGCUCAUGACCGAAGCCAUCGGCGACCGCUUCCAUGCGGUGCUCGUCGACAACGGCCUCAUGCGCCUCAACGAGUGCCAGCAAGUCAAGGAAACCCUCGCCGAGCACCUCGGCAUCUCCCUCACCGUCGUCGACGCCAGCCAGCGUUUCCUCGGCGCGCUCAAGGGCAUCGAGGAGCCCGAGACCAAAAGGAAGAUCAUCGGCAAUCUCUUCAUCGACAUCUUUGAGGAGGAGGCCAUCCGGAUCGAAAAGGAGGCCGAACACACGCCCAACGCCGGCAAGGUUCAGUGGACGCACCACAACGUCGGCGGUCUUCCCCAGCGCAUGAUUGAUGGCCAAGGCCUCAAGCUUAUCGAACCCCUCCGCGAGCUUUUCAAGGACGAGGUUAGGGAGCUUGGACGUCAGCUCGGCGUCCACGAGGAUCUCGUUAUGCGUCACCCCUUUCCCGGUCCCGGUAUCGGCGUCCGUAUCAUCGGCGAGUGCACUCCCGAGCGCGUCGAAAUCGCUCGCCAGGCCGAUCACAUUUACAUUGAGAUGAUCCGGGAGGCUGGCCUCUACAACGAAAUUAGCCAGGCGUAUGCUGGUCUCGACACCUCGCAGGCCGUCGGUGUCAUGGGUGACAAGCGCUACAUGGGCUACAUUGUCAUUCUCCGAGCUGUCCAGACGACGGACUUCAUGACGGCGGAGGCCUACCCCUUCGACAUGAAGUUCCUCAACAAGGUUGCGGUGAGGAUAGUGAAUGAGGUGCAGGGAAUCAGCUUGGUGACGUACAACGUGACCAGCAAGCCCCCGGGCACGAUUGAGCUUCAGUAG